ACCACAAUCACAGAAUAUUCUUCGAACAGAGAGCUGCGACUAUGCAAAUUUGUGAAACCAAUUCACGGAGACAAAUUGGUAAACAAAAUGACGCUGAACGCGUGUCUGGCGAAACAUCCGAUUUGAUUCAGAAAGUUCUCCUUCUGAGAGCAAUGGGAAACAGUAUCCCAAUUAAUAGAUCUGUUUGCCAGCUCCAAAUGCUACUUCUGUUCAUCAUACUUGGCCUGUUUCUUGGCCCAAAGGAUUGCCUGGCCAAUUGCCGUGAUGAGCCAGCCAGGGAAUGUGAGGCAAUUUGCGAUGCUAGUGGCAGGAACUGCUCUAUACGGGCUUUGGUCCUGCUGCCCGAUGACAACAUGUAUCAGGCUUCGUUGCCCCGGGUCCUGCCUAUCCUUAAAGUGGCCGAGCAGCAAAUCCGGGCUAAGGCUUUGAUACCACCACACAUCGAUUUUGAGUGGCUGGCCCAUGACACCAAGUGCGAUGCAUCAUUGGGUGUCAUCAAGGCCAUGGACGGCAUUAUUAAACAGUGCGCCCAAGUGAUCUUUGGACCUGUUUGCGAUUACUCAUUAGCCGCUGUCAGCCGUAUAACCAAGUACUUUAAUAGCCAGGGAACCCCUCUAAUCUCGGUCGGUGGAUCCACCUAUGACUUUGAGCAGAAGAAAACGGAUUGUAACGACGAGUUCUACAUGCUCCUGCGAACGGGAAUGCUCAGUUUCGAGACCAUUUCCGAGCUGACAAUCAACGUUAUGAAGCGACACAAUUGGUCGCAUUCCAUCUUCUACUACGAACGAGAUGGCCAGCGAAGUGUGGCUGGAAUGCACACCUGCUUCCUGAUGAUGAAAUCCUUGGGAAAACAAAUGCGUAAUGAGAACAUGACAUUCGCCCAGUUUCCACUCGAGCCCAACUUGACAAAUCGCACGGAGGAAAUGCGCCGAGAAAUUGGCAAUAAACAUGCAAGUAAGUUUCUUAACAGGAGGUUUCCCUGUUAACUUUAAGUAACAUAGCUGUUAACAGAGUAGUUUCACCAACGAUUUAGUUGGGACUACAACAGCCAAGUAAGGGCAUUGCACGAUUGAAACU